AAAAGGACAUAAAAAGUGGUGUCUUCAUUCUGGGAUCGAUUCUCGACUCGACUCAUCAUCAAGAAUGUUGUCCUUAAAUGUGCUGUUGGUAAUUGGCGCGCUCGCGCAACAGACUUUCGCUGAUGAACCCGAAGCGAUUGUCGGUGGUCAGCCAGCGGGUUUGGGCGAGUUCCCGUGGCAGGUUUCUCUGAAUGUGAACGGCCAGCACAUCUGUGGCGGAUCCAUCAUCGCCCCAACCAAGAUCCUAACUGCCGCGCAUUGCGUUAAGGGCAUUGUUUCUCCACCUUAUUCCAACUUCCGCAUCGCCACCGGAAAUCUUAGAGCCACUCAGGGACAGAAACAUUCCGUGUCGAGCGUACGCAUUCAUCCGAACUAUGUAGACAGCGUGAGUCAAUCUUGGGUGAAUGACGUCGCUGUGAUCACUCUUAGUGCACCAAUUCAAUACAAUCAGUACCAGAAAGCCAUUGGCCUGGCUAGCUCUGCGCCGGUUCCCGGCACUCAGUGCACUCUAUCCGGAUGGGGCAAGACGAGCGCUAACGGUCCGCUCUCCACCACUCUUCUGAAGAUGAACCAAGCCAUUGUCUCCAAGUCCACUUGCCAGAACGCACACAGAGGUCAGCCUAUUUACGACAGCCACCUGUGCGCAUACAACAAAUACGGAAUUGGUGCCUGCCAAGGUGACAGCGGUGGUCCGUUCAUUUGCAAUGGUGUACAGUAUGGUAUCACCUCAUGGGUUCUUCCUUGCGCUGUUGGCGUACCUGAUGCCUACACCAGCGUCUACCAUCAUCGUAACUUCAUUCUUUCUUCGUAAACGGAUGUAUCCCAGUCUCGCCACGUUAUGAUAUGCUACAUAUAUAUAAAGUAUAUAAUUAUAUUGACUUGCCAAGCUGAUCAUGUUUAAAAUCGUUCAAAAUCAAUCGUUCUAAUUUCUAUGUAAUUACGUCGCAGUCUUUCUGGGUUUAAAAAAAUUAUACCAUUACGCAAUAAAUUAAAAAUACACAUAAUAAUA